AUGGGAGAAAACUGUAUCCAAUGCUUGUCUUUAAACGGAAAGCAACAGCGACAGGAAGAAGAAGAUAGCCUCAGCUCCCCAGAGAUCACCUGUGAUACAAAAGAUGAUCUACAAAAGCUGGAGGCUUGGAUUCAGGAGAGGAAGCAACUCCGGUCUCAGCUGAAAAGCUUUGGAGAUGUUGAAAAAUGGCUGAGUCAUAAACCUACCUUUACCAAACUGGAAGAAAGAGUCAGGAAACGAAUAACGGCAGCUAGAGUAGACCAGAGGGCUAGAAGCAAGUCAGUCGAGACCGACAGGCCAGACUGUUCACCACCACCAAGGAGCCAGACCCGGAAGAAGGGUAGCCUUCCCCUUAUUUGUGCACCAUACCCUCAAGCUCUUAUCGCACUGCAUAACCUCCUACACCAACAGAAGUUGACAAUGGUAGACAUCUUCAGAAAGGCUGGAAUGGAACAGAGAAAGAUCAUGAGAGCAGACUUCAUUAAAGUCAUCAAGGAGACAAAAGUUCCCAUCAGUGACAAGGAACUGGAGGAUGUGGUCAUCUUCUUGACUUCUUCAAAGCGGAGGAAUUAUAUAAGCAGUGAAGAUCUGAUUGAAUGUCAAAAGCAGUGGCAGGAAAUGAGGAAAGGACAGCCCAAAGAGACCGGCGAAGAUACACAGCCUUGGGUCUGGAGAAACGCUUGCAAAGCUGCCACUUCUCCACCUUCUGCUGGGGACAAAGCUGUGGGGAUGAAGCCUUGCUCUCCCACGGAGCCCAAAGAAAAGCUAAUACUCUUGGAAGUGCCCCCAGUCAACACUGAGCCAGGCCGGCGACAUUUAGACUGGGAUGAAAUGGAAGAGAUUGGAAAGCGCUCAAGAGAGAGCAGACGGCUGGAGAAGAUCAAAGACAGCCCGAUAGAGUGGAAAGAAAAGUGUCGGCUGGUGAGAUCUGGGGAUGCACCCGUCGAUGAACACUGCCUGCCAUCAACUAUAGAGGGUGACAUGGGAGCACUGGUUGACCACUAUCGCAGAAAUGCCGUUGUGAACUAUCUGAAUUGCUCCAAGCAGUGCAAGGAGCGUAACAUCUGUCUCACCGACAAAGCGCUGCAAAGAGGCCUGCUGCACCCAGGAGACAAGAUCAUCAAAGAAGGAGAAGACGUGAGGAAGAUCAGGCAGCCUGGAGGAUACUACAGCACAGGACAUGCUGACGCCACAUCUCCUCUGAGCAUGUCCAGGUCAAAAAGUGCAUCAGGAAAACAGGCCAAGGAGGCAGAAAACAGGCGUCUUGAGAAGAGUAAGAAUCAAAAGUCAAGCGACAAUAACUUCUGGCCAGGCCAUCUCCUGGACAAGAUGCGCCUGUACUUUCCAGAUAAGGAGCCUGACAGGGCACACGCCUUGUUUAGCUAUGUUCACCCAACCAGGCCUGCCUACCGUGGUAUCUAA